AUGACAGCCUCCGUGCGUGGCGCGGAUGCGGGUUCCCGUCCCGACCCCCGUUCCGGCACCGGCACCGGCACCGGCACCGGCUCCCCCGCCGAUGCUUCCUCCGGUAAAGGGGAGGAGGCCAAGGGAGGCGAUCAAGAGUCUGCUCCCCCUCCUGCUCCCUCUCCCCUCGAUCUGGCCCACCUCGGUCGCCGGCGUCCGCCCCUCUUCGCCCACUGGCUCGCCGAGGUCGGCUUCGUCACCACCAUCGUCCUCUCCAUGAUGCUGAGCGAGUACUUCAUCAGCGGAUUCAGCAUCGUGCUGCCGCCCCUCGCCGACGCCCUCGACAUCGCCAUCGCCGCCCGCACCUGGCCCGCCGGCGUCACGAACCUCACCACCGCUGCCCUCCUCCAACCCUGCGCCCGGCUCUGUGACCUCUACGGCAGCCGCGUCGUCUUCCUCGCCGGUCACGCCUGGCUCCUCCUCUGGUCCAUCGUCGCCGGCUUCAGCACGAGCCCCAUCAUGCUCAUCCUCUGCCGCGCCAUGCAGGGCAUCGGGCCCGCCGCCUUCCUCCCCGCCGGCCUCGCCCUCCUGAGCCAGACGUACCGACCGGGCCCGCGUAAGAACCUCGUCUUCGCCAUCUACGGUGCCUUUGCCUGCCUCGGCUUCUACGUCGGCAUCUUCGUCGGCGCCCUCGCCGUCGCCUUCCUCACCUGGCGGUGGUACUUUUGGAUCGGCGCCGCCGUCGGUUUCGCCAUCGCCCUCGCCGCCCUACUGACGACCAUCCCUCGGUCCGAGAGAGCGGUCGACCCGAACGUCAGCAUGGACUGGUGGGGGGUCGUCACCAUCGUCCCCGGUCUCAUCCUCGUCGUCUUCGCCUUCACCGACGGCGGCCACGCGCCCGACGGAUGGCGGACGCCCUACGUCUACCUCUCUCUCCUCGCCGGCCUGAUCUUCCUCGCCGCAGCCGUGUACGUCGAAGGCUGGGUCGCGAAGCAACCGCUGCUCUCGCCUGAAAUCUUUCGCCAGCGGCGAGGCCUCAAGCGACUCAUGGGCGCCCUCUUCUGCUCCUACGGCGUCUUCGGCCUCUUCCUCUUCUACGCCAGCUUCUACAUUGAGACGGUCAUGCAUGCGUCCGCCAUGCUCACGGCCGCUUGGUUCACCCCCAUGGCUGUUGGCGGCAUGAUCCUCGCCAUCACCGGCGGCUUCAUCCUCCAUCUCGUCCCCAACCGCAUCCUCAUGGUCAUAUCCUGCCUCGGCUUUCUUCUCUCGACCCUCCUCUUUGCCCUCAUGCCGGAGGAAGGGUCGACGAGCUUCCUGUACUGGGCCUACAUCUUCCCCGCCAUGCUUGGCGGCACCAUCGGCGUCGACAUCACUUUUAACGUCACCAACGUCUACAUCACCACCGCCAUGCCGCGCCGCCACCAGGCCGCCGCCGGAGGGCUCAUCAACAGCCUCCUCUACCUCGGCAUCGCCUUCUGGUUGGGAAUCGCUGAGCUCGCCGUCUCGGCCAAGGUCGAGGCCGACGGACGGGAGUUGGACCCCCGGACCCAGUACCAGAUCGGUUUCUGGACCGGCGUCGCCCUCUCUGUCGUCUCCUUGGCGUUGACUGUGACCGUCAAGAUGGGCCAAGCAGAGGCGGCCCUGACGGCCGACGAAAAGGCCGAGCUCGAGCGGCAGAGCGAAGACUCGUGA